CUACAGUUGCGCAAGAGAAUUGGUGGCCAAAGUUUCGGCUUAAAGUUUGGAACACCCGGUGCGUUUUCCUCAGUCUGCAGGGAAAGGGGAAAUGCUCCAGGAGAAGUACGUUUUCAAACGUCUGUGAUUCUGGAAGAUGGGCGUCAUGGAGUUCUUUUCACUAGUAGUAAUCGCCGUCCUGGGAAGCUGUGUUCUUUUCUUAUUCUUUCGGUGGAAGAAUUUGCGUGGACCCCCGUGCAUCCAGGGCUGGGUUCCCUGGAUCGGAGCAGGAUUUGAGUUUGGGAAAGCUCCUCUUGAAUUUAUAGAAAAAGCAAGAAUCAAGUAUGGACCAAUAUUUACCGUCUUUGCUAUGGGAAAGCGAAUGACCUUUGUUACCGAAGAAGAAGGAAUCGAUGUGUUUCUAAAAUCUAAACAUGUAGAUUUUGAACUAGCUGUACAAAAUCCUGUCUAUAACACAGCAUGGAUUCCCAAGAAUGUCUUUUUUUCACUGCAUGAAAAACUGUAUGUCUUGAUGAAGGGGAAGAUGGGUACUUUCAGCACACAUCAGUUUACUGGGCAGCUCAGUGAGGCAUUCCAUGAGCAACUGGAAGACUUAGGUGCCCGGGGGACAGCGGACCUGAACGACUUUGUAAGGCAUCUUCUUUAUCCAGCCACGGUCAAUACUCUCUUUAAGAAAGGGUUGUUUCCCACAGAUGAGAGGAAAGUCAAGGAGUUCUACCAGCAUUUUAAAACUUACGAUGAGGGUUUUGAGUAUGGAUCCCAGCUACCGGAAUGGCUCCUGAGAAACUGGUCAAAGUCCAAAAGGUGGCUCCUGAAGCUGUUUGAGAAAAACAUGGAUGAAAUCAAAGCUCAUGAGUCACUAGCAGGCCAUUCCAGGACCCUCGUGCAGGCCAUUCUGGAUGUUGUGGAGACAGAAUCAUGUCAACAUAGUCCAAAUUACGGACUUUUGAUUCUUUGGGCUUCUCUGGCCAAUGCUGCUCCCAUCGCAUUCUGGACACUUGCAUUUGUCCUGGCCCACCCGGAAGUCCACAGGACCGUUUUAGAAGCCAUAUCUUCUGUGUUCGGCACGACAGGGAAAGAUAAGAUUAAAGUGUCUGACGAUGACUUGAAGAAGCUCCUUCUAAUUAAGUGGUGUGUUCUAGAAGCCAUCCGCUUGAGAGCGCCUGGUAUCAUUACAAGAAAAGUAGUGAAGCCAAUUAAUAUUCUGAGUCAUACAGUUCCUCCUGGUGAUCUAUUGAUGGUGUCUCCAUUCUGGCUACAUAGAAAUCCAAAAUAUUUUCCUGAUCCUGACUCAUUCAAACCUGAACGCUGGAAAGAGGCAAAUUUAGAUAAGAAUGCUUUCUUGGACGGCUUCAUGGCUUUUGGAGGCGGGAAGUUCCAGUGUCCCGGAAGGUGGUUUGCCCUGCUAGAGAUCCAGAUAUGUAUUAUUUUAGUGCUUUAUAAAUAUGACUGCAGCCUUCUGGACCCAUUACCAAAGCAGGCAGGAGGAAACAGGAAGAGCCCUGGGUCGUACUGGUCAGCAAGCCAAGCAGAGCUAUGGGUCUUCAGGUUUGAGGAGGAGCUGAACUUCCACACACUCAUCCAGGAUCAGAAAAAGAACUACAAUGAAGAAUUUCAUGAAGAACCCCCCACCCUCCACUGAAGACUGGCCUCAAAUUUCUCAUGGUCAAAGGACUCACACUUGGAACUUGGUGGGCCCUCCCGGCAACUGUCCUUCUUUACUUCUUUCUCCUCCAUGUCUCCCAGAAAAAGGUGUUCAGGGUAUCUGAAUUUUGUAACACCUGGUUGUGACUUGUGAUCCACUGGCACUAGAUGUCGUUACACAGCAGCUUUGCCUGCUGGUCACCCCUCGUCCCUCUUCUCCACUCAACCCCCUUCCUUCCUGCUCGUUUACAGCAUUCUCAGUCCAACACAGAAGAAACUGUGCUGGCUGAGAUCUCUUCCUUUUACAUGCCAUCCCUCCAAACCCAGCACUCCCAGCAAGAUCUCAUCCAAAAAUGUCCUCCCUUCGUCUCACUCCCUGCUCAGCUUUUGUGUCAGGAUGACUCAUGAUGAAAUACAUCCUUACACGUUACCAGUUAUGCAACCCCGUGGAAAAUUGCUUUGACCCCUGUGACAUUUAUUUUCCACAGCUAUCAUACUGAAAGCCAUAAUGCUUCCUUGAAAAAUAGAUUAGAUUAAAAAAAUUAUACAAAGCAUCCUAGGAAUUUGCAGCUACGUGAUGGUGUCAUUGGUUUGUGCUUACACUUGUUCUCUACGAUGUGAUGAGAACAUAGAAGUCAAGUAAAUAUGUUGGUUGAAUGUGGAAAAGCUAAAGAGCAAAAAAAAAAAAUGGAACAAGUGAAAGGGAUAAGUAGAUAGGACAUAAGACUCGAGCAUUCCAAAAGGCAGAGAUGCAGAAAACCGGUCCUACCUGAGACAGGAAGGAAAGGGCUACCCGAGUAACCCUCCUUUCCCUGCCUUGUUCCAGGGCUGUUGGCAUCAAAAUGAGACUCUCCUCAGAGUGGUAUCGGUUUUGGUAAUUAAUUAUUAAAAAGCUUGUGUACUCCAAUUUUUUAAAUAUGUGAGAAACAGAAUUCUCAACUCAGCCUUCUUGGAAAUGUUUUUUCUCUUAGAAAAUUCUCCUCGGGUUUUCUAGCCACUGACCUAUUCCUGAGCAAUUAGGGCCAGCCAGGGUCAGCCUUUGGGAAGGUGCUUACCUGGCGCUUCCCACACAAAGUUCUGCCAAGCUCUUCUGCCAGGAGAUGCUACAGCAUCCGCGAGGGUGUUGUAUGGAACCAGUGUAUAUUUUUGAGCAAAUGGACUAAAAAAAAAUUGUUCAAUGGAUAGAACUUAAAAUGCCCUUCCUAGGCUGUCUGAUGGCUCAGUGGGUAAAGCACUUCCCUUGCAAGCUUAGUGGCUCCUCUUCAAUAUCCGGAACUCACAGAAAGAGUCAAGAAGAGAACUGGUUCCCCAGAGGUAGCUCAGUAGAUAAAGGUACCUGUCACCGAGCCUGGUGACCUGAGUUUGAACCCAACAUGGUAGAAGAAGAGAAUCAGUUCCCACAAGUUGUCCUCU